GGUCAGUGAGAUACAAACUCCCAUUUCCGCCGCCAUCCACUCGCAUCUUCUUCACCCCAAAACCCCUACGCCGCCGCCGUGGUAGGAAGGGAGAACGCCGCCGUCUGCACUGCUUCGAAAUUUCACGAACUUAGCAUAGGGUGCUGAUAUAGUUUGAACAUAAAUAUGCCUCUUUAUGACUGCAUGCUUUUGUUAAAACCCACUGUACCAAAGGAAGCCCUCUUUGAUUUGAUUGCGCGGGUGGGAAAGCAUGUUUACAGAAGAAAUGGAGUGGUGACUGAUUUGAAAUCUUUAGGAACUGUUCAAUUGGGUUAUGGAAUCAGAAAACUGGAUGGGCGAUAUUAUCAGGGCCAACUGCUACAGAUGACUAUGAUGACACCACCUAGCAUAAACUCUGAGUUAUACUAUCUGAACAAGGAAGACCGGUUGCUCCGUUGGUUACUGAUCAAACACCGUGACUUUAAAUUCAAAGGGGGCUCAACGGGUGAACUUGAUAUCGCAACUGAGCUUAGAGAUCUCAAGAGUGUUUUGAACGAUGGCAACAUGAAUAUUGAAGAGGAUGAUGAUGAUGACGACGAUGAUGAUGACGAGGUGCAAUCCGAAUCAGGAGAAAGCAUGAAUUAGAGAUGGUUACUUCUUGAUGGUCUUCUCUUUUUGGUGUGGUUUCAUUUAGCAAGACCAGCUGAAACUCUAGCGUGAUAAAAUGAAAUGUGCAAUCGUAUUUUAUGGGAUAAAUUGCCAAUCUAUAUACUUGUCUGGAUAUAGCUGUUGCUGCAAUUUGUGCUUCUGUAUGAAAGGGAGAUGUGGAAAGUGAUUGGUAGGGAUUUUGCUAUGUCUAAGUAACUGACAUUUUCAUUUCAAUAUUUAGAAUAUAUUUUUCA